AGAUUGACGUGUGGAGGAGAUAACGACUGAUCUCAACCUCAAAGUAGUUCUUUUGAAUAGAAAAACAAGUGUUUUAUUCAAGUGUGAAGUGCAAUAAACUGUAAACAUGGCUCAGUACGAGGAGCCGAUGGACAUAGACAGUAGUGUGUGUGAUUUUGACAACAAGGAAAACGCGUUUCAACACAGCAACGUCUUGCCAAGAACACCUUGCACUGAGAAGGGGUAUGAAGAACUUGAUGUAUCAGAGUUAAAUAUGAAAUUGAGGUAUUCCACAACACCAACAUUGUCGCCUAUGUCUAAAAGCUACACAGCAAAUUGCCUAGAUAAUAGAACAUUUGAUUCUGGUAAUAACGUUGUAGAUAAUGGAAGUUUGACCAGGUCAAUGAACUCAGCCAUUACUAAAAAUGAUAGUGUCAGACAGCAAAUGUGCCUCCCACUGCAAAUAAUUCCAGCGGAACAAGGCCACAUGGACACAAAUAGAAAUGCCUUGAGGCCUUUAGACUCAACUGUCACCUUGGACAACGAUGUCGUUAUUGCUGUGAGCACACCAAAUGACAUUGAUGAAAAUCUUUCUCUACCAAGUUCUGCAUCUUCUAUUGUGCAUACUCCAGAAGCAACAACUCCGAGUAAGGGAGAACUUAAAGAUGGUGAUUCUACCAUUAUGAGGGGUCUAAAAAGUGUGUUAAACAUAUUUAGACCAUCGCAGAGUCCUAUACCUCCAGUCGAGGAUGAUAUUGACCCAGUUAAAACUGAAACUCUCAGUCCACCUAUAGUCUUAUCACCAGAAUCUGCUGCUGAGAAGCCCCAGGCUGUUCUUGCUUCAACUCCUCUGUCCAGUCAAAAAUCUCAAGAUGCUUUAACAAAAAGAAACAGUCCAAAUAGAGACAGUCUAGUUUUUAAUGAAGAUUUAGAAAAGGAAUUGCAAUGGAAAGAUGAAACUACAAUCAUAUUUAGUAAGGAAAAAAUACCAAUUCAUAAAUUAUUAUUUCAAAGUGGGAAAUCAUUUGAAACAAAAGCUAUAAAUACAAAAACCAAUGAUGAGAAUUUUGAUAACACAGUUGAGUACAUGGAUAUAUCAUACAACGAUUCCAUAAAUAAUACCCUUGAAGUUCAACCUCAAAAUAUGCCUGUUAACAAAUGCGAUGCUGUUGCAAAUGAGUCAGAUGGUGAAUUUGUGGAUUGUGAAUCUACAUUUACUAAAACUGAAAAUCAGGGUGAUCUGUCCUUUAAAUCUCAAGAAACUCUGAGUGAACCAAAUGUUGUAUCUUUAGAUGGGAAUUCCAUCAAUGAGUUGAUUGACGUAAAAGAUACAUUGAAUGUUACCAUUACUUCUGCUAAAUCUGAUGAUCUGUCUGUUGUAUCAACUGGAACUGUAAAAGAUAACACCAUGGAUGAGAAUAUGCAGAAAAUUGACAAUGUCAAUGAGAAUGAAGGUGCUUCAAGCUUGGCAAUCAAGAAUAUGGAGAAUUGUGCUCAAGUUCAUCCAACAAAGUCUAGUUUACCUGUUGACAUUGGUUUUAAACAAGUAGUUCCAGAUAUGGUUGCAAAUGUAAGUGUUACACUUGACCAAAAUGAUACUUUUAAUGUAGAAAAAACAACUAAAAAAGAUUGUAUAGAUUCUAUUGCUAAAGUAAAUUCUAAUACAGAAAAUAAUAUUGCAAUUGUUACAAAUAGGAAUGAAAAGAUGUUAAAUGGUUGUCCAGGUAUUAGCUCAUUAUCACAGAUACCUUUAAUUAUUGACCCUAGAGUACUUCUUUUUAAUAUAUCUUCUGAGGAUACUCCUAAUACAGCUCAAGCAAACACUGUUGAUGAAGAAAAAUCAAUAAAUGAUGGUCUAGAUACUACUCCAGCUGAUAUUCCCUUACCUGAUGAUGAUGAUACUGAGAAAGUUUUUCUGGAAGGUGUGAUUGGAGUUACUGAGCAGCUCUCAAAAGGUGAAAUUAAUCACCUUGUGGAAAAUAUUAUGCCAACAUCAACUGAGAGUGCUUCAAGGUUUAAAGAUGAAGGAACAUUAAAUUUGGAGAAAACUUAUUGUGCUAAACCAGAACGGCAUAUGUUGGAUAUGGUUCAAGUUUCCAAUGAAGUAGCAACUGUGAUUGAAUCUGCAAUUACAGCUGUUGAACAAAUUGUUAAAGGCACUGAAAAUCAAGAUGCUGAAUCUAUUAUUAUUAAUGACAGCAUAAGUGCCGCACCUGUUUGUUCUGAUUUGAAUGAAACUAACAUUAUUCUCAAUGCAAUCGAAAACGUAGCAAAUGAAAUUACUUCCAUUCCUCAAGGAGAGAAUACACCUGUUGUCUGUAGCUCUUCUACAGAUAUAGUAGAAGAUAUAGAUAUAGUAGAAGAGCUACAAAGAACAAUCGAGAAACUUGAAAGUGAAGGAAAAUCUUCUACGACACUAGAUAAAAGCAGGGUAGAGACGUCUGUGGCUGUGAAUGUAUCCAAUAACACAAAAAAUGAAGUCAAAGAAAACUCUAAACAAAACGAAGAUAACUUUAUCUCAGUGCUACCUGACAUUUUGGCUCCAGAAGAUUCCAAAUUAGUUAAUUCAGUAGAUUCUGAUAUAAAUUUUACAAAAAAUCUUCCUAUGUUUGAAUUUCAUCUUGCAGCUGAAGUGAAAAUUGAUAACAUUAUGACUGAAAAUCAGAUGUCACUUGGAGACAAAAUAGAAAUUGGUGAUGAUGUGAUACACCAAAAGUUCAAAAGAGACACAUUUAUUGAAUCAACUGUGUCGAAUAUAAUUGUAGAGAAUAAAGAAUCCAUUACUCAAAAUGUGGCUGUUUCAGUCUGUGUAACUGAAGAUGAAGCAAUAAAAUAUAACGAUUUUGAACAUAAUAUAGUAAAGGAUAACAACAUAACGUCAAAUGAAGAUAUAAUUACCCCAACAGAUGAGAUAACGGAUAUGUCAAAGCAAAUACCAGACUCUGAUGUUAACAUUUUAAGCUCUCUUGUAACUACAGCACCUAUUGCAAAAUUAGCUGCAGAGAAAACUGAGAACGUUGCAAUUUCUGAAGAAGUAAAUAGCGAACAGUCUGUGCUAGAAACAUUUAAAAAUAACCAAGGUAAUAAUGAAGAACCAAUGCCUGAAGAUAAACUUGCAGAUUCUGGAACUGCAAAGUUGCAAGCAGACAAUAAUAAUGCAACGGAUGAAGAAAUAGUAGCUUCUGCAAAUAAUAGUCCGUUUGUUUCCGUAUCAGCUAACUUUGAAGAAAUAUUAGAAGAGAAACGAAUGGGAUGUUUUGAAAAAGUUAUCCCUGUUGAAAUUAAUGAAGAAAUCAGAAUGUCUCCUCCUAGCUCACCAAAAAUUGUUUCUAAAGGAUAUAACCUCAACUUUGAUGACAUAGAAGAUCCAUUUGCCACAAAAGCUAGAAUACGAAUGUCGCCUCCACUGGGUGUUACGCCCAACCAAUCAUUUGAUCAAACAAAUGAUACGGAUAUUGGUAAAAAAUCAUUAACGAAAAAAGAUUGUAAUAGGGAGAAACGUAAAUCACAGCCUUUGAGAAAGAAACCGUCAACAAUCAAUAACAAAAACAAUGCCACGUUUAGUGGGUCUUCAAAAGCCACAACUGAAAAAUCUUCUAAACCACUGGCUAAUAAAAUAAAUGCAAAAGAAAUAAAACCUAUAAAUAAAGAUAUGCAACCCACAGUACACAGCAUAGAAAUCGAUGGAACUCUCAGUGAAUCUAAAAACACUCCAGCUGAACUUCAAGAUCUUGGAGCAAUUAAUAAAGUUUCAGUCAGUGUUCCGAAAGUGGAAGACGUAGUGUCUAUUGAUGUAAAUUUAACUGAAGAAAUUUCCAAUUCCGAAAAGGGUAGCAUUAUUGAUGAACUUGUAGAAAGUGAAGUGCAGAGGGAAUAUAAAACUUUUGCUAACUCCGCAACAACAGUUAAUGAAAAAAUUAAAAACACGACAUCCUCGGAACACUCCGCUUAUUACUCAGCGGGUACUUCAUCCAAUGAAGGUCUUGAAUCUAAAAGUUCCUACAACAUCCUUGAUAUAAAAGACACAAAUUUCAAUCCAUUCAUUUCAAAAUCAAAAGUAAGACAAUCUCCACCACCAAGCUUAGAUAAUUCAUUUGCCACCAAAAGUUCUCCUGAUUCUUCUCUUCAAAUUACAAAAGAUACUUAUAUUGAUGGAUCUAUAAAGAAAUCACCACGGGAUGAGGAAAAGAAUUCGUCAAAUAGUAUCAAUGACAUUACUAGUUCAUCGAAAAAUACUGACAAAGUAAACACUGAAGAUGAAGAUACUAUUGAAGGCCCUUUUCUUGAAACUGAAGAACUCGUUGAUGACAACAAAGUAACUGAAAGUGAAGCAGAGAUAUUAAUUAAUAACAAAAAAAUUAUAGAUAUCAGCGGUAGUGAUCAUGAUGACAUGUUGCAAUUUUCUGACUUGCCUACAACGGAUGAGGGCGUCGCUGAUGCUGGUGAACUAUUUAUAGAUGCUGAAGCUUUUGAAUUCCUUUUGAACCAGAAUCAAAACAAUGCUGUUGCUGACAACGGUAAAGAGAGUUUGUUCCUCAAGUUUGAUCCGCUAUUUGCAAAACGAGUUUCUUCUGAUAGCAUUAUUGCUACUUUUAAAAAUGUUCAAAAAAGACAGAGCACUCCGCAGAAAACGGCUCCUACUCCAAAUGAUGUAACUUUUAUAGCAAAAUUUCCUGCUCCAGAACUAUCUUCUUUAAAUGUUACUAAUGAACUGGACGCCCAUGAUACCACUGAAGAAAGCAUUGAUGACCUUAACAUCACAGUCGCCAAACCCAUGAUGGUCGUAAACCCUGCUGUGAAUUCAAUGGUUACACCAAGAACUAAAGCUGCAACUCCUGUUGCAUCUAAUAGACGUUCUCUUACAUUCACAUCACCCGCCAUAGCUGUUAUUGAUAGACUACUUUCCUUGAGCGCGAACAACUCCGCAAUUGCCCAUGAAACUACCAUUGCUGAAGUUUCUAGAGAUCAAAAUGAAGCAGAUCUAGCUCUUACCCAACUUCGUGAACUAUUGGCUGAUAAAGAAAUAAAUGUCUAUACUUUAAGAUCUGAAGCUAAAGAACUGAAAGAUAGAUUAUCCGAUAUGGAAUCGCAAGUAAAGUCUUUAGAAGCUACAAGCGAAGAGAGAUUGAAAAAGAUUAAUGAGCUAACUAAAAAACUUGACGAGAAAACCAAACACAAUAAGAGUAUGGCGAUGGUCGUUGAGGAGUAUGAGAGGACGAUCGCUAGUUUGAUUGCUGAAAAAGAACAGGAUAAGAAAAGACAUGCGGACGAAAGAAGCCAGUUAAUUAGGGAAAGAGACGAGCAAACAGCACAUUUGGCGAGCAUGGAGGUGUCCUUCAGCGAUUUGCACAGCAAAUACGAGAAGAGUAAACAAAUAAUACUCGGCUUUAAAACCAACGAGGAAGCGUAUAAAAAGUCAAUUAAGGAGUUCGAAGACAAUCUAUCUAAGAUGCAAAACAACUACGAGCUAUUAAAGCAGCAUGCUACUUCUAAACUUAACCAUGCAAACGAGGAGCUGCAAAAGAUAAACAGAGCCCACGAGGCGGAAGUCUUGAAGCUGAAUGCUAUGAUUAAGAGGAAAGAGCUGCACAUUACGUCUCUGGAAGAGACCGUCUCGCAGAAAACCAAAGCUAACGAAGAAUUGACCGCGAUAUGCGAUGAACUCAUAAACAAAGUCAGCAGUCGUUAAAAAUAGACAAAUCUAAACAUUCGCUCUUGUGUUAUGAUGUCUGUGAUCUGAACUAGACUGAUAUUUCGAGACUUGUCGCUUGUGUACUUAUCGCAUCACAGAUAAGUCACAUUAAGUCUAAAACUAGUCUCUCUAACAUGUGCCAAGUUGUUCUAGUGUUAAAUGUUAAAAAGAUUUCUUCCCCUCAGAAUUGAAGACUGUAAGUUGUGAUAAUGUCGAAAUUUUGUAGUAGAAUCAUGUAGUUGUUAUCAUUAAAUUGGGUCAAUGAAUCUAAAUUCCAAAUCAUUGAAUUGUGUGUUAAAUUGUGAGCCCUAUGGACUGUUUAUAAAAACACUUUUUGCGUUAUGCUGGUCAUAACUAAAUUGUGUAAUUUAAUUUUAAGUGCAGGGUUUAUGCAACUGAAUUGAGCAUGUUACAUAAUUGUGUAAUUUAAUUACUUAUAGCGGACAGAUUGUAUAUUUUUUGCAUGUUUACUACAAGAUUUUGUAUUUAGGAAACGCAACUAGAUAUUUAUUUUGUACGAAAUUUUACAGUUUCAUGAUUUAUAAAUUACAAUGUUUUGUGUGUAUGUAGGAUGAUAUUUGCUGUAAGGCAACCUAGAGGUAAAUGUUUAUUUAGAGGUAUCCCCACGUUUGACGACCGUUGAGUUAUUUUUAUCCUACAUUAAUAAGAUUGACAUUGUAUCUCAUUGAAUAUUUCCGGAUUAUCAGAUCUCUAGAUUGCAAAAUUGUGCCACAUUUUCGUAGACUAGAAUUUUGUGACAUCGACAGUUAUUAACUCGGGGACAUGAAUAUUUUUAUUCGAUUACAAAUGCCUGUUAGCCAAACACAUGUUAAUUACAAUUAGGGCUUUCAUCCCGGGAAUCUUGGUUACAAAAAUUUCAAGGGUCACGACUAUUUUCUUUUGCAUUUUCGAGAUCGAGAUUGAUGUUUUCUUUCCCGGGAAAAUCGAGACUAUUGAGACUUAAGUCACUUAGUUAAACAGUAUUAAAAAACCUAUUAAACCAGCAGUAAUUUCUUACUCUGGCUCCUUGGACAUUGCGACACUGUAGGGUGGAUUUUAGUAUAUAUAAUAUGGGGAAAUUAAAGAACGAUAACAUUAAAAGGUCCUGUUCUCUGUUUGGAACUAUACAUAUUUAACGUCCUUUGUUUGUUUCUUACGUGCUUUCUGUAAAAAUGGAAAAAGAAAGAUUUUGAUUUUAUUAAAUAAGUGAAUAUGGAACUUGACUAAAGUAUGUUUUAACUAUCUAAAUGCCUAGAUAAAUAUGGAAAUCUACUUUUGAAAGUCUCGUUUUUCCCGGUAUUUUCGAGAUUUUUUCCCGGGACGCGGAAAUGUAUCGAGAUUGAAAGCCCUAACAUUACACGGGUUGUUGAAUCAGUUAUUUUUGUAUAAUAUAGGAAUAUACUUCAUAUAAAUACUACAUUCACUCGUAGGAUAUGUAUUUCACAAUCAAGAAACUUGAGUGGAGAAAGAUUGUAUUUUAGUAUAAUAUUUAAAUAGUAAUAAAGUUAUUUGACAUUUUUUCAUAUUCAUAAUUUUAUUAUUAACCUUUGACGCAAAAAGAGGGGAGUUAUAAGU